AUGGCGCCAGUUUUGAGCGAGGUUGACGUUCUUGUUAUUGGAGGUGGAAAUGCAGGAUUCAGCUCUGCCAUUUCCGCUGCAGAGUCGGGCGCUCGUCGCGUCCUCGUGAUUGACUCUUGCCCCGAAGACUGGGUAGGCGGGAACUCCUACUUCACCGCUGGCGCUUUCAGGACAGUCCACCAUGGAUUGGCAGAUGUCUUGCCGAUUGUGAACAACGUGGACGAGGCUACAGCGUCCAAAAUUGACAUGGAUCCUUACACGACUACCAAUUUCGCAGACGAUAUCUCCCGUAUCUGCGUGGGACGAUCUGAUCCCGCCCUCUCUCAUACUCUUGUAAACGACUCUAAUGCGGCGGUCAAAUGGUUAGCGGGCCAUGGAGUAAGAUUCCAGCUGUCAUUCAAUCGUCAGGCAUACAAAAUCGAUGGGCGCUUCAAGUUCUGGGGCGGCAUGUGCCUCAAGACGCAGGAUGGCGGAAAGGGAUUGAUCGAGGAUCACCGGCGAGCAGCUAAAAAGCUCGGAGUCAAGGUCUUGUUCUCAACAGCAGCCAAGCGCCUCGUGGUCGAUCCUGCUACCAAGGCCGUCGGCUCUGUCAUUGUGGAAGAUGCCGCUGGUGAACGGGAGAUUCUAGCCGGAGCUGUGAUUCUAGCGGCCGGAGGCUUUGAGGCCAAUCCUAGAAUGAGGUCGCAGUUCCUCGGACCAAACUGGGAUUUCGCUAAAGUACGCGGCACCCCCUACAAUAUUGGCUCAUGUCUAGAAAUGGCUAUACGGGAUGUUUCGGCCAAGCAAGCCGGCAACUGGUCUGGCUGCCACUCUGUUGCGUGGGACGCCAAUGCUCCUCCUGAUUCAGGUGAUCGUGUCAUCUCCAACGAAUUUACCAAGUCGGGUUACCCCCUCGGCUUGAUGCUGAACCUUGAAGGCGAGCGCUUUGUGGAUGAAGGUGUUGACCUUCGCAACUACACGUACGCGAUUUUCGGCAAAGCAAUUCUGGCACAACCCGGCCAUGCCGCCUUUCAGGUUUGGGAUGCCCAGAUGACACCUUGGCUGCGAAGCGAAGAGUACCGCGAUGGCAUUGUGGAAAAGAUCACGGCCUCUACUUUAGAGGAGCUGGCCGAAAAGUGUGCCAAAUGUGGCCUGAAGGAUCCGAACAAGUUUGUGGAGACAAUCAGGGAAUACAACAACGCGGUGACUGUCUUUCAAGAAGAGAACCCCGGCCACAAGUGGGAUCCGGCUGUCAAGGACGGUCUCUCUACUCAGUCGAGCCGCAAGCAACUCGCAUUAUCCAAAUCAAACUGGGCUACGCCUCUUAUAAAGGGGCCCUAUAUGGCUAUCAAGGCGACCUGCGGCGUCACCUUCACAUUUGGCGGGUUAGCUGUUGAUCAUGAGACUGCGGGCGUCAUCUCGUCGGCUACCAACUCUGUCGUGCCUGGCUUGUACUGCGCCGGUGAAAUGGUUGGCGGUCUUUUUUACGACAACUACCCCGGUGGCAGUGGCCUUACAUCUGGUGCCGUAUUUGGCCGUAGGGCUGGCCGCGCCGCAGCAGCUCAUGCUCACAAUGAUAAGAGCCCGAAGAGCUUCUCGGCGAGACUCUAA